UGUAAAGUGCGACACGUCCGGCGGAAGAGGCGCGGCCUUUCUUCGAUCCUGGCAGCCGCCGCCUCCUCCUCCUCCUCCAUUGUCGUCAACCCCUGAGCCACGAUGUCGGACCGCUACAACAUCCACAGCCAACUUGAGCAUCUGCAGUCCAAGUACAUCGGCACGGGCCACGCCGACACGACGCGCUACGAGUGGCUGGUGAACCAGCACCGCGACAGCUAUUCAUCGUACAUGGGCCACUUCGACCUGCUCAACUACUUCGCCAUCGCCGAGAACGAGAGCAAGGCCCGCGUCCGCUUCAACCUCAUGGAGAAGAUGCUGCAGCCCUGCGGCCCGCCGCCCUACAAGCCCGAGGACGCGCUCUGAGAGAGCCACGCACCCCACCACCCAUCGCCGCCUUGUUCGCUCACCACCCCGGCGGCCACCGACCCGAACCGAACGCCAACCAGGCACCGACCUGAACCGGACGUCAACCGAACAGGACACCGACCCUAUCCGGACACCGAACAGGACACCGACCGGCCACCGACCCGCACCGGACGCCGACCGAACUGAGGGCGCCAAUGCACGUGUUCGCUGCGAUGCCGCGCCUCUCUUGUUGGAUGGGAAAUGGUGAUGAUGGGUCCCGGAGGAUGGCAAGAAUUUGGGGUGGGUGAAGAUGAUGGGGCGGCUCAGAUUUGGGUGGAGAUGGGCUGGCUGUGACCGGGUGUGGCGAAUGGAGACACGGUUACGGAUCGACUGGCUGCUGCUGAAUAGAAAACACCGAGUGGAUGAUGGAAGGAUUGGGUGGGACUGGAGACAUCGGGUGGGGUGGAAGAGUUGUGGAGUGGGUAGAUCUGACUGGGCCGGGGGUGGUGAUAUUGGCCAUGUGGGUGAGUUGGAUGGAGGGGGGAUUGGCUGGGACCCCCAGGAUGCAUUCGCUGAAUGGAUCGAGGGCAGGUGGUUGGGUGCACCUGGUGUAGACGAUGUCGUGUCCUCUUGAUAUAGAAUUGCUGGCUCGGAUGGUGUUUUGACCCGUGGACUGUUGCAUAAAACACCUAAAGUUAUUUGUUUAGCUUUUACUAUUUGCAACCACCAACUAAGGGAUUCCACUUAAAGUUAUUCUUCAACCGUCGUCCACUGGUUGUUGGGGUGAUGCCGAGUUGGGAUGUUGGAACGGGACUUUGUUAGAGCUCUUGAGCUUGCUUCGUCCCGGGCUGUGCUGCGGUGUUGCUCUCUCCCAUGUUUUCCCUACCAUAACCCCACUCCCCUUUUACAUCGGUGUCAAUUGUAAAGGGGUCGUGAUAUGCCACUGCAUUUAGACGCUAUUUACAUCCAAAUUGUUGAGAUGGAUGCCCAUGGCCUGGUGUACCAGCUCAUGGAGAUGAGGUCCAGUCUGGAAAGUUUUGACCCCUGAGCCACCAUCGACCUGGUGAGAGGCUGCCGAGUCCAUAUCCUCCACGCCCGCCUGCUGCCACAAGAAGAUCACCUUUAUUCCUGGAGGUUGGAGUUGACGGGGCUCAAAAACCGUGGCCUGCUCUGUGACCCUGCCGACAAUUGUCCCGACAAACCGGGACACUUUUUUUUCCAGUGAGCUACCAAGUCGUGUGCUAGACCAGCGCCGCGGAGAGCCAGGUUUUUCCACUGCAGAAGAUAAGCUAUGCGGCUAACGUCACAUAAAUGUCGUGUGGAUGAUGAAAAUGAUCAACUCUGUGCUUGUGUGGCCCCGACCCAGAUGUCUUCUGAGGCCAGCGUAUCAGGGGAUUGUCCUAGAAAAUAUCCAGUGGAAAACCAGCAUCCUGUGCGGGUCCUGUGCCAGUAUGGCUUCGAUGGAUAAACAUGAAUGGGAAUGAUUCUGUGUGGCCGUUCGAUUUAAAUUGUGUGGGAACUAUUUGGAAACAUCGCACGAUACACUGUUGGUCAUAUCAAUAAAUCGGUACCACUAAAAUACCUGGUUUGGGGCCAUGGGUGAAUAACAGUACAAGGCAGUGGGAGACAUUUUAAAGGCCAUUGGGGAAUUUUGUGUUGGCUUUGGAAUUGUUUUAUGUUGAUGCAUUAGGAUUUGCUUGAGAUCGUGAAAACCUUUUUAUAAGUUGCUAAGUAUAAAUAAAAAUCAAUUUCGUAAUUGGA